CGUCACCCGUGCGCGCUUUACGCCAUCUUGAAAUUUCAGCCGCAAUUGUGUCAAGUCGUUCACAAAUAAAUAGACAAACUCCCUUUUUUUCUCCCCCAGGUACAUCCUCCGUACAUCCUCCGUGUCUAACAUGCACAGUUCUCGGAACAAAACAGCGCCGACGGUCGACACGGCGAACACAGACGCAGACAGCGGGGCGGACUCCAAGCACAGGGAGCGGAAAGCUGGCGGAGGGAUGUUAAAGAAGCUGAAGUCGAGGCGCAGUCAGACGGACAAGUGUCCCGUGGUCACCGAGGACCAACUCCGGGAGCUGGGAGAGGAUAUUUCCCCCGACCAUGUCCUGGGACUGCGGGCUGUCACGGAAGACUAUCUUUGCAAACCUGAAGACAACAUAUACAACAUUGACUUCACCCGUUUCAAGAUCAGAGAUCUCGAGACCGGAACAGUACUGUUCGAGAUCGCCAAACCUCCCAAUACUGGUCCUGCAGAGGCUGAAGAAGGGAGUGGAGAUGUAGACGUCAGUGCAGGCCGCUUUGUGAGAUAUCAGUUCACACCUGCGUUCUUAAAACUACAAACUGUAGGUGCAACUGUGGAAUUCACAGUGGGCGACCGUGCCAUCAACAGCUUUCGUAUGAUUGAGAGGCAUUACUUCCAGGGGCGCCUCUUAAAGAACUUUGACUUUGACUUUGGCUUCUGCAUUCCCAACAGCCGCAACACAUGCGAACACAUUUAUGAGUUUCCACAACUUCCAGACAACCUCAUUCGACAAAUGGUGGAGCACCCUUACGACACCAGAUCAGACAGUUUCUACUUUGUGGACAACAAACUCAUCAUGCACAACAAGGCAGACUAUGCCUACAAUGGUGGGCAGUGAGACCUCAAGGAGGACAACUGUGCAAUACCCACCUGGGAGAGG